CCCGUUUGUUUCCUCCAUUGUUCUCCAUCUUUCUUGGCUUCAUCGACCGCCACGAUGAGCGAGAAGGAGCAGGCUUUCAGCAGCGCGGUGGCUGCGGAUGAGUCCAGCCCCGAGGCGGCCACUCUCCACCUCAAGCACCUGAAGGCGCAACAUCAUUGGGACCCUAACCUUCCCGACGAGAUCGCCGACGAGAUCGACGAUGCCCUCCACACCGACGACAAGGGCGCCCGCGUGGGCAUAACGCAGGAGUUGAUGGACAACUCGCCCUACCCGGAAGUCCGCGCCGCUGUGUCCAACUUCGACGAAGGCGGCCACACCAACACGAUCCGUGCGUGGGCCAUCGGUAUGAUCUUCGCGACCCUCGGUUCCGGUUUGAACAUGCUGUUCUCCAUGCGUGAUCCGUACAUCGUCAUUCCCUCCUACGUCGCCCAGGUCGUCGCCUACCCCGUGGGUGUGGCAUGGGCCCGGUUCAUGCCCGCCUGGCAGUUCCGUUUCUUUGGCAUCGACUGCAAUCUGAACCCGGGUCCCUUCAGCAAGAAGGAGCAUGCACUCAUUGUCAUUAUGGCUAAUGCCACCUUCGGUGGUGGUGCCGCCUACGCCACUGACGUCCUGCUGGCGCAGCGUGCCUUCUAUCACCAGCGCUUCGGAUGGCCGUUCGAGAUCUUCAUGUGUAUCUCGACCCAGAUGCUGGGAUUCGGCAUGGCCGGGUUCUUCCACCGGUGGUUGGUCACCCCGGCCGCCAUGAUCUGGCCCGCCAACCUGAUCAACACCACCCUCUUCCACGCACUCCAUGACCACUCCAAGCCCGACCCGGCCAAGGUAUCCGGCUGGAAGAUCGGCAAGUACCGCUUCUUCCUGUACGUCAUGCUGGGGUCCUUCUGCUGGUACUGGAUCCCGGGCUUCAUCGCUCCUUUCCUGAGUGUCUUCGCCUGGGUCACCUGGAUCAAGCCCCAGAACGCCGUCAUCAACCAGCUUUUCGGUGGUGACACCGGCCUGUCACUGAUCCCCAUGACCUUCGACUGGACCCAGAUCUCGGGUUUCAACUUCAGUCCCCUCAUUGCGCCCUGGCACGCUAUUGCCAAUACCCUGAUCGGCAUGGUGAUCUUCUUCUGGAUCGUCACCUCCGGCAUGCACUACAGCGGCUUGUGGUAUGGCGAAUACCUGCCCAUCAGCGACUCGAACAGUUAUGACAACACCGGUGCGCAGUACAACGUGACCCGCAUCUUGACCUCGGAGUUCACCCUCAACCUGAAGGCGUACAAGGAGUACUCGCCGCUCUUCCUGUCGACGACCUUCACUCUGUGCUACGGUCUGUCGUUCGCGGGCGUCAUCGCCGUCAUCAUCCACGCGGGACUGUUCCACGGCAAGGAGAUCUGGGAACGCUUCCGCAACUUCGGUAAGGAGGAGGAGGAUAUCCACGCCCGCCUGAUGUCCCGGUACAAGACCGUCCCGCUGUGGUGGUACGCUGCCGUCACCCUGGUCAUGAUGGCCAUCAGUUUGGCUAUCAUCCUCGGAUACCCGACUCACCUGAGCUGGUGGGCGUUCUUUGUCUCUCUGAUCCUGGCUGUGGUGUGGUAUGUGCCCAUCGGUAUCGUGCAAGCCUCGACAAACAUUGCCCUUGGUCUGAACGUGUUGACGGAGUUCCUGGUCGGUUACAUCCAGCCUGGAAAGCCCAUGGCCAUGAUGCUGUUCAAGACCUACGGUUACAUGAGUAUGUACCAGGGAUUGUACUUCAACCAGGACAUGAAACUUGCCCACUACAUGAAGCUCCCCCCUCGUGUCACCUUCUCCGGUCAGAUGGUCGCCGCUCUGUGGUCGUCCGUUGUGCAGAUCGCCGUCAUGAACUGGGGUCUGGCCACGAUCAAGGACGUGUGCAGCGAGACGCAGGCCAACAACUACACUUGCCCCAACGGCCGUGUGUUCUUCCAGGCCUCCGUUAUCUGGGGUCUGAUCGGCCCCCAGCGCAUCUUCUCUCCGGGCCAGCUCUACUCGGGCAUGAUGUGGUUCUGGCUGGCUGGCGCCAUCCUCCCGGUGGCGAUCUACCUGGCGGCUCGCAUGUGGCCCAAGAGCCCUGUCCGCUACCUCAACGCGCCCGUCAUCUUCGGUGGUGCGGGUCUGAUCCCCCCCGCGACCCCGCUGAACUACCUGACCUGGGGUCUGGUGGGUAUCGUCUUCAACAAGUACAUCCGCGACAAGUUCCGUGGCUGGUGGAUGCACUACAACUACGUGCUGUCGGCCGGUCUGGACGUCGGUCUGGAUCUGUGCACCAUCCUGAUCUUCCUGACCCUGGAUCUGACCAGCACCACCUUCCCCACCUGGUGGGGCACGUCGAUCACCUCGGCCACCAUGGAUAUGCAGGGCACUGCCGUGCAGAAGGUGCUGCCCAGCGGCGAGACCUUUGGUCCGAAGAGCUGGUAGAGACGUUGACGUCUCGGUCGGGGGCUGUUGAGCAGGGGGGGUGGGUGAGGUUGUGGAUGUGGAUCUUGUGUAAUGUUAUCGAUAUGCUAUGCAGCUAUGAUCAUGACUUGAUAGUGAU